GUCCAACCAAAGCAGCUGGUGAGCGGUAAACCCACAGACCGAUCGAGAGUCGAGACACCACGCGCGCGCAUGGCGAGGCCGGCGUGGAGCUCGCUCUUCGGCUGCUUCAGCUCCCACGGCGGCUGGAAGAAGAAGAAGAAGGGCGGCGGCAAGAGCAAGAACAAGAACAAGAAGGUGGGGGCGGCGGCGGGGAGCAGCGGUGGCAAGCCGCGGUCGCUGCAGAGACGGAUGUCGUUCUCGGAGCUGAGCGGGAUGGUGUCGCCGGAGGACCUGUCGCUGUCGCUGGUCGGCUCCAACCUGCACGUCUUCACCAUCGCCGACCUGCGCGCCGUCACCAGGGACUUCUCCACGACCAACUUCAUCGGCGAGGGCGGCUUCGGCCCCGUCUACAAGGGCUACGUCGACGAGAAGGUCAAGCCUGGACUGCGCGCGCAGCCCGUCGCCGUCAAGCUGCUCGACCUCGAGGGCGGACAAGGCCACAACGAAUGGCUGACCGAAGUCUUUUUUUUGGGGCAGUUGAGGCACCCUCACCUCGUCAAACUGAUCGGCUAUUGCUACGAAGACGAGCACAGGCUUCUCGUCUACGAGUUCAUGACGAGGGGCAGCUUGGAGAAACAUCUCUUCAAAAAAUACGCGGCGUCGUUGCAGUGGUCAACACGGUUGAAGAUCGCCAUUGGCGCUGCCAAAGGAUUGGUCUUCCUCCAUGAAGCCGAGAAGCCGGUCAUCUACCGGGACUUCAAGACCUCCAACAUCCUGCUAGACUCGGAUUACAAAGCCAAGUUGUCAGAUUUCGGGCUAGCCAUGGACGGGCCGGAAGAAGGCGAGACGCACAUCUCGACGCGUGUCAUGGGCACGCAGGGCUACGCCGCUCCAGAGUACAUCAUGACAGGUCACUUGACGGCGAAGAGCGACGUGUACGGCUUCGGCGUGGUGCUGCUGGAGCUGCUGACGGGUCGCAGGUCGGUGGACAAGAGCCGGCCCCCGCGGGAGCAGAGCCUGGUGGAGUGGGCGCGCCCGUACCUGACGGACGCCCGCAGGCUGGACCGCGUCAUGGACCCGAGCCUGGCGGGGCAGUACUCGAGCCGGGCCGCGCACAAGGCCGCGGCGGUGGCGCACCAGUGCGUCAGCCUCAACCCCAAGUCCCGCCCGCACAUGUCCGCCGUCGUCGAGGCGCUCGAGCCGCUCCUGGCGCUCGACGACUGCCUCGUCGGGCCCUUCGUGUACAUCGCGCCGCCAGACGACAACGGCGAUGAAGGCAAGGUAGGCUCCGCCGGCAGACGAGGUCGUAGGAGGAGGUCAGAAGGCUCGGCGGCGGCCGUGGUGCGGCCGGAGUGACCGAGAUGAUAUACGUUUGCGUGCCCGUCCGUGGACGUCGCGCGCUACCGGCUGGCUACCGAUCAAACAAGCAAACAGUUACUCGGUGAAAUGGUGGUGACGCUGAAGCAGGGCCGUGUUUGGCAUGAAAUGCGAAAAGGUUUUGUUUUGAAGCUUGUACAUAGGGGCAUCUCAAACGUACGUACAUGAGGAUGCACAUCACUAUUUGACGUUUACUUAAUAACAUUCUUCAGAGUUUGAUCAAAUACAUGGCUAGUGGAGUAUGAAAUGGAUAUGCUAAGUUUUCCGUA